AUGGGUAGCAGCUGCUGCUGCUUCCUUCUUUUGCUGCUAUCUGUAGGCACCCUCACACCUUUGCAGUACGGAUUGACUGUUAAUCUCAUUACGAAGCAAGUCAAUUCCGACAUAGUUUAUGAAGGAGGCAGACAUUUAAUUGGCCCCUGGAAGAGCUUCCUGGCCUUUCCCUCCACAAGGGUCACAGUGUCUUUUGACACGAUGAAGAACUCGCAAGGACCACUUCAGACUCGGACGAAAGACGGCUUGGCCCUGACCCUUCAGCUGGCUUUCCAAUACAGGAUAGAUAGGGCGUACCUGGGCAAGCUGUUUGCCCUUGCCAAUCAGCAGUAUGAGCCUCUUUUUGUUCGCAAUGCACGUGAUGUUUUGCUCAAGGCUGCCGCUGACUAUGAGGCUAUUGAGUAUUGGCAGGACAGAGAGAAGAUUGGGAAAGAGAUGCGGGAGCUCCUGAAUACGCGUUUGUCUCAGGUCUAUGCUACCUGUGGCGGUCUUCAGAUCAUGGUUAUCGAUUUGCCUCCAGAGUUCGAGACUUCCAUAGUUCAAACACAGGUGACGGAACAAAUGCAGCAGACCAGGCACCAUGAGCAGCAGGCCAAGAGAAUCAGUGCAGACACUGAAGUACUCAAAGCGCAGUACAACAGGAACGUGACAGUAACUCGGAAUGGCGCCGACGCGCUGUACACUCAGGCUGUGGGCAUCGCUCAAGCUGAAGCUCAGCAGCGGCUGCUUGAAGUUGAAGCAAGUGCCAUGCACAAGGUCCAAGAGCAGCUGAAGCUGACUCCAGAACAGAUGGUCACAUACCAGCAGUUCGUCGCCUAUCACAGCUUGGACAAUGCUUCAUUUGUGUAUGGUCUUGGCAGUGCACUCGUGACCCUUCCUGGAAGGGCUUAA